CCAUGGGUACGAAACACAUUGAAAGGGUCCAUGGCUAGGGAGUCCAGUCCACCAGGUUUCUUGAACAACCGUCCAACACGGCUAGGGAUGAUGCUUGUCAAAACAGAACUGUGUGGGUGAUAACAGUAUUCGCUAUAGAACGAGUGUGUUGUUUAACGAGUAUUGAAUUGGCCGGAACUGCUGCUGAGCAUUCUCGCAGUUAAUAAUGGGGAAGGAAGACGAUCUCUGGGACGACUCCGCUCUCAUCCACGCCUUCGACGAUGCCAUCUCCAACUACAAGACUAUGCAGGGUAGAGGGCAAAAUGACAGCUCCAAGGCAGGAGGAGAAGUUGUGGGCAGCAUGGAAGAAAGUUUAUCAACUUUUGUUGAUGGAAUUCAUGAGCCUAGAUUCCCUAGAAGAUCUGCACAAGCAGAUGACAACAGCAAUGUUGCAUCAAAUGCCACAACAGAAGUGGGCGAGACUUCUAAUCUUCCGGAAGACCAAAAAAAUCAUGCCGUGGACUCAUUUGCCCAGGAACCAAAUGUAGUAUCGACAUCUGGUCAACAUGUGCAAGAUGUACAUCAGGACUAUUCAAAUACACAAGGUGCAGGAGAUUAUACCCAACUAGUGAACCAGUAUUAUGAGAUUGAAGAGCAGAGGCAAAAGAUUCUGCAGCAACUUCAGCCGUUUGGAAGUUGGGAUUACCAAGGCUCUAGCGUGCAGUGGGAACAGCCAGUCUCUGCAAGCCAAUCUUCUUACCCAGCUGUUGUUGCUUCAUGUUGCCCAUAUGUUGGUCAGUGUCUGGUGGCUCCAUGUUCUUUUGGUGGGACUUGUGUUUGUAGAACUUGUGAGGCCUCUUCUGGAAUAGGUCAUAAUGGAAACCCACCUUCUUUUGAAGAUGGUGAUAUUGCCAAGACAGCGAUGGGAGCUGCAGAAAAAGCAUUGUCCUGCUUGAAGACAAAAGCUUCUGAGAAAGCAGAAGAGAGCCAUGAAGGACAAGCGGAAGGAAAGGCCAUUCGUGAAACAGACCUUACUGAUGUUUUUAAUGCUUGGUAUUCUGCAGGCUUCUAUACUGGCAAGUACCUUGCGGAGCAGUCUACUGCAAAGAAGCGCCAUGAGUCAUGACAAAGCAGGCAUUCAACCACAUCGCCAAACGGUGGAAAUGAAUAGUUUGAUACGCCUUAUGAAGAGUUGGGGUCCUUGGGGAUAGUUUGAUGUGUGAAAUGAAGUCCAGGGCAUAUCAUUAGCGUUUGUUGCAUCUUUAAUGUUCUAUCAUCACAGCUAAUGAAAAUUUCAAAAAAAAAAAAAAAAAAAUUCUUCUGUGAUUAGGCUGUUGGAAGACAACAGAGUUUUAAUGCAGGUCUUUUGGUGUGUUGGAAUAUGAUUUGAUCAACUGCUUUUCUUUCGUGUGUGGCUUAUAAAAGGUUUUUGAUUUGAUA